AUGGCGAGAUCCGGCCUGGCGCAGGACGCUGGGAGCACAGCUGCAGUCACUGUGAUAAAGCGGGCGUUGGAACUAGAGUCCGAGUCCCGGUACCCGCAAGCUCUGGUGUGUUACCAGGAGGGGAUCGAUCUGCUCCUGCAGGUUCUGAAAGGCACCAAAGAUGAAACAAAGAAGUGUAAUCUCAGAAAAAGAAUUUCUGACUACAUGGAUAGAGCAGAACACAUAAAGAAAUCCUUGGACCAAGAAAAAGAAGCUGGAAAAUAUCACAAGCAAAUUAAAAUAGAAGAGAAUGCAACAGGUUUCAGCUAUGAGUCCCUUUUUCAAGAAUACCUGAGUGAAACAGUUACAGAAGUUUGGAUAGAAGAUCCUUAUAUUAGACACACACAUCAGCUGUAUAACUUCCUUCGAUUUUGUGAGAUGCUGGUUAAGAGACCAUGUAAAGUAAAAACUAUUCAUCUUCUCACCUCUCUGGAUGAAGGCACUGGGAAAGAGCAGCAGAGUAGUGGCCUGGAAGAGAUAAAACAGUCACUUAGGAAUCACGGAGUGCAUUUGGAACUAGAAUAUUCUUCUUCAAUACAUGACCGAGAAAUUAGGUUCAACAAUGGAUGGAUGAUUAAGAUUGGAAGGGGACUUGAUUAUUUUAAGAAACCACAGAGUCGUUUUUCCCUUGGAUAUUGUGAUUUUGAUUUAAGACCAUGUCAUGAAACAACAGUGGACAUUUUUCACAAUAAGCACACGAAAAAAAUAUGA